GUGUAAGCCUGAGACGGCUCGAGGAGACUCACCCGUAAACCAGCAGGAAUUAAUCAACUUUCCAGGACGUUGUAACCCAGGUGCUCAGUGUUCCGACGUAGUCAUGGACAAGGUGAUACCAGCUGAUCUGUACCAGAAACUGUUGUCGCAGCCCCUCCAUUUUGGUUACGUGGAGCAUGAAGGCAUCAUACUUUACGAGGAAGGAGAUGAUGUGGUCAAGGCACUGAAGACAUUUGAAGUCAGAGAUGACGAUAGCUGGAUCGUGACCUAUCCCAAAGCAGGAACCACUUGGGUGCAGGAGAUCAUGUCGUGCGUGAUGCAUGACGGGAAGCUGGAGGAAGUCAACAAGCGACAUACCGCGUUCCGGGUGCCGUUCAUAGAGUUUAACUUACCAAAGACUAUUCGGCAAGAAAAUAAGCUGCCUCUGACCUACCAGGCGGUUGAGCAGAUUCCAUCUCCCCGCGUCAUCAAGUCCCAUCUCCCCGGUCAGUUGCUGCCCCCUAACAUCUGGGACAAGUCCAAGGUCGUCUACGUCAUCCGUAACCCAAAAGACGUGGUGGUGUCGUACUUCUACUUCCUCAAGCUAAUCAAUCCUAACGACAGGAGCGGCCAGACAUUCAGCGAGUUUUUCGACGAGAUGAUGUCAGGAAAAAUUCUUUACGGUCCAUGGUGGGAUCACUACCUGUCCUUCUGGAAAAUGAGACACCAUCCAAACGUCCUCCUGCUGAGAUUUGAAGACCUGAAAAGGGAUCUGAGGGGCAAUGUUGAAAAGGUCAGCAAGUUCCUAGGCAAGGACAUGCCCGCCGAGACACUGGACGCCAUCACCGACCACUGCACCUUCGCCAACAUGAAGAAGAACCCCAUGGCCAACCCGGACUCCAUCUUAGCCGACACCGCCCCGCGAGAAGGGUCCUUCAUGAGAAAAGGCAAAGUUGGCGAUUGGAAGUCUCACUUCACUGUGGCUCAGAACGAGGCUAUGGACGCCCUCAUUCGAGACAAGUGUUACGGGACCGGAUUGACGUUCGACCAAUAGCCAUCCGCAAGUUGUGGAAUGGAGAGCUUGUCCAAGCGAUUCAAAUAUUAUGUAUCAGAUACAUUUUUAAGACAUAAACAUUCUGAUUACUAUGCAAGCAUCUUAAUUUAAUUACAAAGUUGUUGUAAAUUUCAUAGUAGAGGAGUUUAUGUGUACCGUAGUGACGAUAGAGGGCGCUACCGGUACGUCUCCUGUAUAGUCAUUUGCGAUUAUAUGCACCUACCGAUUUAACGAAAGAACCCUAGUUCAAAAAUGAAGAUUGCAGCUCUAUUGCAAACAGCUUUAUUUCAGACUUGUUGCAAAUUUCAUUGUAGAGGACUUUAUGUAUACCGUAGUGACGAUAGAGGGCGCUACGUCUCCUGUGUAGCUAUUUGCUAAUAACUGCUAUAACCAGGAAAUGCACCGAUUUAACGAGAUAAUCCUCGCUCAAAGUGAAGAGAGAACUGGUACAAAAUACGCAGUGACAUUUAAUACGCCUGAAUUGAUAUCAUAGGCAUAAUGACCUUUAAACAUUUAAAACGAGGGGCUGAGUGCUGUCAUCGGCGAUUAAAACAGGAAAAGGUCCAAAUGUCUUUUAUUGGUUUAAGUAUCAAUGAGAGUCUCUGCAUGGCAGUUAACUUGAAGUGCGAACAUUUUUGACAAAUUCGUGGGAGUCAAUGGGCCAUCUUUUCCAGCGAAUGGGGCGCUUUAAUCUUUUAAUCACCGUAGCGCCCGAAACCACUGAGCAUUUUCAAUGAUGCCAUUUUGAGUGAUAAUUAACAGACUAGAACAAUCAAACUUGACGAUGCAAAUUUGCAAUCCGAAAAUUUUACCAUAUGUUUUAUUUAGAUUUAAGUAGAGAUACUAAAGUGCUACAAUAAUUGGGAUUUUUCCACGGCUUUUUUUUAUAUUCAUAGUUAAAUUACGGCCAAAAUUUAGCGACAACCUUCCUUUUCGAAGGCAAAACCCACUGAACGUUUACAGCAUGUUCAAAUAAAAGUACGAGGUAGGCCUACUUUGAUGAAACAGUUGUCUUUUUUUUUUU